GUCCCUCAUCUUGAUGUCAUAUGGUCAUGGGAAUGGCAAGUUCAGGAUCGAUUCGCCACAUCUUCAGGGUGUUAUCGCUAUUUGCCUCAGCUGUAGGAAGCCAAGCAACAAUUACUGCCAGUUUCUCCAUUAUAAACCAGUGCCUGGCACUUGGUUGCUUUCCUAGAGUUAAAGUUAUCCAUACAUCAGAUACGAUACACGGGCAAGUAUACAUUCCAGAUGUCAACUGGAUAUUGAUGCUUUUCAACAUAGCAAUCACCAUUGGUUUCCGUAACAUUUCACUGAUUGGAAAUGCAACAGGUGACACCUUCCCUCUUGGUUGUGCUUUCGACGAAUUGAUUGUUUAUCACAAGUACUUCGAGUACAAUUUGGAUUCAAAAAAUUCUACUUACAGCACCAAGAAUGGAAUUUACUUAGAAGGUUGUGGACUAGAUAAUGUAAUGAUAUCGUGGGGGCAUGACGAUUACAUGUAUUUGGUGGUUAAGGAACAUGGAACGACUUUGCCUCCAGCUGCAUUGUUCAUCAUCUGAUACCACUCUUUUUAUCGUAAGCAUUUAUGCCAAUUUUUUUUUUCAAAUUCCAAAAAUUAGUUUUUAAUGAAUAACCUGCACAUCUGGAUCAUUCAUCUUGCCGCAUUACACAAGUCAGGAGCAUACGCGCAUUUGAUGAAUACGGAUGAUGUUGAGAAUUUGAAGUGGCUGAAAAUUUUCAAGUAACCCCUUUUUUUUAGCAUUUUGUUUUUAAUUUCGUGUGUUAUGCCAAUACAACUAACAAAGUUUACUGUUUUGCAUAAACUUUCUCGAAUUUAUGCAACAAAUAUGACCUCUAUAGUAAGAGCAAAGUGCGCAUUGAUGUCGAGAAGGUCAAGCCAUACUAUCUUUCUCUUAUUGAGAAUGUGAGUACUACACUAGUCAGGAAACUAAUAUUUCCCAGCCAAGCUGAGAUGGUGAACAUUCCGAAUUGAAGACAUUGAUUUGAGAAAUCACAUAUUUUAUUUUAUUUUUCUUUUUGUGAUUGAUUCAUGCACUUGUGUAUAAAACACAACAGAGAUUUGUGGGUCCUUUGUAAAUCCUCUGAUGUGUUCUAGAAAUGUUCCAUCAAUAAACAAUUUAAAUGCAUUUGGCGGGAUGUAAUUUCAUUCCUUUGGCAUUUGUUUCUUUUAAUUUCUACUGGAUUGUUGUUGAUGAGCUUUUCUGUAGAUAUUAUACUCUCUCUAUUUAAUGUUUUUGCC